GUAAUUUAUGUAAACAGCUUUUUAGGAUUAACCGCAACUUUGUGAAAAUAGGGUAAAAAUUCCAAAACUUAUAUGCCAAAACAUAGAGAAAAUUAGCAUAUUCCCAACUAAGAACUUCAUAUCGUGUGAGUUGGUCUUUAAUUAAAAAUCACCAUCUUCAAUAUCUUCAUGUAAAGAGAUAAACAGACUGUGAAGCUCAUAAAUAUCAUUCAUUAUUCAGCACCUAUAAGCACCCACUUUCCUUUUGGUUUUCCUCUCUCUAUCUCACUCAAUCUGUAUUAUGUAACAGCCACCCAAAGGUAAUUCAGAGGUUUCUAUUUUCCAUAGUUAUUAUUGUAAACUUAAAAGAUUUGGGGUAGAUCUAUCUGCGUUUAUUUUCUUCUGUUUGGCACGACAAGUAUAAAGAUGGAGAUCAAAGUCAAACCAAAAGCCUUAGAGUCAGAGCUUAUAGCAACUAAAGUGGAAGAUGAUAUGAAGAAGAUGAAAGAGUGUGUGCUGAUUGGUCAAGCUGCAGAUGAAGAGAUUACUAAAGAACAAGAAACUAUGACGACCAUGGAGGAGGGUUUAAGACAAAACUCAGAUGAAACAAAACAAGAUCUAUCUAAAAGUGACUCAAGAUCAUCAUCGCUUGAAAGGAUAAAAAAGUUGGAAAAUGACAGAGAUUCGAGCCAGAACGCAGAAAACACCCAAAAGCAAGAAGAGAAGAAGAAAGGGAAUAAUAACAUGAAACACAAGAAGGCUAGUUCACACGUGUGGGACUGUGGUAGCUCUCUCUACGACUCUUUCGAGCUCAACUCGUUCAAACGGCAACUCGACUCAGCUAUAUCUGCUUCCUCCGCCAGAACUAUGUCCAUGUCUCACCUCCCCGACCGCCGUCUACCUCUUCUUAACUCGCUCUCGCCGGAAUCUCCUCUUCCUCCUCCGCCGGUUACUUCUUGUUCCUCCUCCGGAAACAAGAAACAUUCGAACAAGAUCUCUCGUUCUCUUCAGAGAUUCUUGAAAUCAGUGUUCAGACCAAAACAUCACCAAACUCUGUCCUCAAGCACUCCUCCUUCGCCGGUCCACAAAGGGGCCGGUCACGGCGGCGUCGGCGAUAGAGAUCGAUACUACGUCGUUUAUGACAAGUCAGGAUCGUUGACCACCAUUCCAGAGUCAACAGAGAAAGAAGUGGGCCCGGAGAAUAACUCUCUUGUUAGGAAAACCGUGUCCGAGAGAUUCCCGGCGAGUCGAGUCGCUGGUAUAUCAUGUGCAUGAUUAAUAAUAUUUAUUAUCUAAGUCGUACAUUUGAUAUGUAUGUUAUGAUAUUAGAGUGUUUUUCUUUAAGAAAACAUUUUGGAAAAAGUUAAUAAUCGUGUUGGACGUAUAUGAAUGUCAACAUCUAAUGAAUUUAUGAUGCA